UUUUUUUUUUUUUUGUCUGAUGCAGAAUCCCAGUAGCUAGGCAGCCUCCCUCUUUUCUUUCCUUCCUUCCUUCCUUCCACCCCUUCGCUAUGUAGGAAGGGAGAGGCAUCAAUGGAAAGGCUGAAAUUCGCGUAGAUGGACUUUCGGAUGCAUUUUUUCUUGAAAGAGGAAGAUAAAUCCCGCUUGCCAGUGCACUGACUUUUGUUGCUGUUGAAUCGCUCGGUAAAAAUGGGGUUCACUCACUCCAGCUGAAUCCUUGGAGCGUUCCAGAGAGUUGCUGCAGUGCAGGACUUAUCUUUAAUUUUUUGCGUCGGAGGAGCUGCAUUGAUGUUAACCAUUUUUUUGUAAAAUGGAGAACGAGAUCUUCACACCCCUUCUGGAGCAGUUCAUGUCGAGCCCUCUUGUCACCUGGGUGAAGACAUUCGGACCGCUGGCUGGAGGAAAUGGGACCAACCUGGAGGAAUAUGUGGCGCUGGUGGAUGGAGUGUAUCUGAACGAAGUCAUGCUGCAAAUCAAUCCAAAGUCUGCUAAUCAGAGGAUAAACAAAAAAGUCAACAAUGAUGCAUCAUUAAGGAUUCAAAAUUUGUCUGUUUUGGUGAAACAAAUAAAAACUUACUAUCAGGAGACUUUGCAGCAGUUGAUCAUGAUGUCUUUGCCAAAUGUGCUAAUAAUUGGCAAAAAUCCUUUUUCUGAGCCAGGUACUGAAGAAGUAAAAAAGCUCCUCCUGCUUUUGCUUGGUUGUGCAGUUCAGUGUCAGAAAAAAGAAGAAUUUAUUGAAAGAAUCCAAAGUCUGGAUUUUGAUACCAGAGCAGCUGUUGCAGCCCAUAUUCAGGAGGUAACUCAUAAUCAGGAAAAUGUGUUUGACCUGCAGUGGAUGGAUGUGAUUGUGCUGACACAAGAGUAUGUUGAGCCUCUCCUGAAAAAUAUGGCAUUGCAUUUAAAAAGACUUAUAGAUGAAAGAGAUGAGCACUCCGAGACCAUCAUCGAGCUGUCGGAGGAGCGGGACUGCCUGCGCUUGCUGCCGCACGCCUCGGCCGCGCAGUCGCCCUGCGGCUCCCCCGGCAUGAAGCGCACCGAGAGCCGGCAGCACCUGAGCGUGGAGCUGGCCGACGCCAAGGCCAAGAUCAGGAGGCUCAGGCAGGAGCUUGAGGAGAAGACUGAGCAGCUGCUUGACUGCAAACAAGAGCUGGAACAGAUGGAAGCUGAACUGAAGAGACUUCAGCAAGAGAACAUGAACCUGCUGUCGGAUGCCCGCUCUGCCAGGGUGUACAGGGACGAGCUGGACGCGCUGCGGGAGAAGGCGAUCCGCGUGGACAAGCUGGAGAGCGAAGUCAGCCGCUACAAAGAGAGGCUCCACGACAUCGAGUUCUACAAAGCCAGGGUGGAGGAGUUAAAGGAAGACAAUCAAGUGUUGCUAGAAACCAAGACAAUGCUGGAAGAUCAAUUAGAGGGGACCCGAGCCCGUUCAGACAAACUGCACGAGUUAGAAAAAGAGAAUUUACAACUAAAAGCUAAAUUGCACGAUAUGGAGAUGGAGCGUGAUAUGGACAGAAAGAAGAUUGAGGAGCUCAUGGAGGAAAAUAUGACCCUAGAAAUGGCUCAGAAACAAAGUAUGGAUGAGUCUUUGCAUCUUGGCUGGGAGCUGGAGCAGAUAAACAGGACUACUGAACUUUCUGAAGUGCCCCAGAAAUCACUGGGCCAUGAGGUGAAUGAGCUGACAUCCAGCAGGUUACUGAAGCUGGAAAUGGAAAACCAAAGUUUGCUGAAGACAGUGGAAGAGCUGCAAGGUGCAGUGGGCUCUGUGGAAGGCAGCAGUUCAAGGAUUCUGAAAAUGGAAAAAGAAAACCAAAGACUUAGCAAGAAGCUUGAAGAGCUGGAGAAUGAAAUCAGCCAAGAGAAACAAAGUCUUCAGAACAGUCAAAAUCAGAGUAAAGAUUUGAUGAAAGAAAAAGCCCAGCUUGAAAAGACGCUUGAAGCACUUCGGGAGAACUCGGAGCGACAAAUUAAACUCUUAGAACAAGAAAAUGAGCACUUGAAUCAGACUGUGGCUUCUCUGAGGCAGCGCUCACAAAUCAGUGCUGAGGCGAGAAUGAAAGAAAUUGAAAAGGAAAAUAAAAUCCUCCAUGAGUCUAUCAAAGAGACCAGCAGUAAGUUAAAUAAGAUGGAAUUUGAAAAAAAACAAGUCAGGAAAGAGCUGGAACACUACAAAGAGAAAGGGGAGAGGGCAGAAGAAUUAGAGAACGAACUGCAUCGUCUGGAGAAGGAAAAUGAGUUAUUACAGAAGAAAAUCACCAACCUAAAAAUCACUUGUGAGAAGAUCGAGGCCUUAGAACAGGAGAACUCUGACCUGGAGACAGAGAACAGAAAGCUGAAAAAAACCCUGGAUAGCCUGAAAAACCUCACUUUUCAAUUAGAAUCCUUAGAAAAGGAGAAUUCCCAACUGGACGAAGAAAAUUUAGAGUUACGGAGGACAAUUGAAUCCUUGAAGUGUACAAGCAUUAAAGUGGCACAGUUACAAUUAGAAAAUAAGGAGCUGGAGAGUGAAAAGGAGCAGCUCAAAAAAAGCCUUGAGCUGAUGAAAGCCUCUUUUAAGAAGACUGAACGCUUGGAAGUCAGUUACCAAGGCCUGGACACGGAAAACCAAAGGCUACAGAAAGCCCUGGAAAACAGCAAUAAGAAGAUUCAGCAGUUAGAGAGUGAAUUACAAGAUUUAGAGACUGAAAAUCAGACCCUGCAAAAGAACUUGGAAGAGUUAAAAAUCUCCAGUAAGCGCCUGGAGCAGCUGGAAAAGGAGAAUAAGUUGUUAGAACAAGAAACUUCUCAACUGGAAAAGGAUAAGAAGCAGCUGGAAAAGGAAAAUAAAAGGCUUAGACAGCAAGCAGAAAUUAAAGAUAAUACCUUAGAAGAAAAUAAUGUCAAAAUCAGUAAUCUGGAAAGGGAAAAUAAAUCUCUGUUUAAGGAAAUCGUUGUGUAUAAAGAGUCGUGUGUGCGCCUGAAAGAACUGGAGAAGGAAAACAAGGAACUGGUGAAAAGAGCCACCAUUGAUAAGAAAACCCUGGUCACCCUGAGAGAGGACUUGGUGAAUGAGAAAUUGAAGACUCAACAGAUGAACAAUGAUCUAGAAAAACUGGCCCACGAGCUGGAAAAGAUUGGCUUGAACAAGGAGCGUCUCCUGCACGAUGAGCAGAGCAGUGAUGACAGUAGGUACAAACUUUUGGAGUCCAAAUUAGAAUCCACCCUCAAGAAGUCUCUGGAAAUAAAAGAAGAAAAAAUUGCUGCUUUGGAGGCUCGUUUGGAAGAAUCAACAAAUCUGAACCAGCAGCUGCGUCAGGAACUGAAAACAGUGAAGAAGAACUAUGAAGCUCUCAAGCAAAGACAAGAAGAGGAAAGGAUGGUUCAGAACUCUCCUCCAAGAAGUGGAGAAGAAAAUCAAUCUGUCAAUAAGUGGGAGAAAGAAAAUCAGGAGACUACAAGAGAAUUAUUGAAAGUUAAAGAUAGAUUAAUCGAGGUGGAGAGGAAUAACGCGACGCUGCAGGCGGAGAAGCAGGCGCUGAAAACGCAGCUCAAGCAGCUCGAGACACAGAACAACAACCUGCAGGCCCAGAUCCUGGCCCUGCAGAGACAGACUGUGUCCCUGCAGGAGCAGAACACGACUCUGCAAACUCAGAAUGCCAAGCUGCAGGUGGAGAACUCCACGCUGAACUCGCAGAGCACGUCGCUGAUGAACCAGAACGCUCAGCUGCAGAUCCAGCAGUCGGCCCUGGAGAGCGAGAGCGAGGCCGUGCUCAGGGAGCGAGAGGACCUGAAGGGGCUGCACGAGGCCCUGCUCAAGGACCACGAGCGCCUGGAGCAGCUGCACGAGCGCCAGGCCGCCGAGUACGAGUCCCUGAUCGCCAAGCACGGCAGCCUCAAGGCUGCCCACAAAAACCUGGAGCUGGAGCACAAGGACUUGGAGGACAGGUACAAUCAGUUGCUGAAACAGAAAGUGCAGCUGGAGGAACUGGAGAAGGUUCUCAAGACAGAGCAGGACAAAAUGCUGCAGCAAAGUGAGAAACAUGAGAGUGUGGCAGCAGAAUAUAAGAAACUUCGGGAUGAAAAUGAAAGGCUCACUCACACGUACACUCAGCUCCUGAGGGAGAAUGAAGUGCUCCAAACUGACCACAAGAAUCUGAAAACAUUAUUGAACAAUUCCAAACUGGAGCAAACACGCUUGGAAGCAGAGUUUUCCAAACUCAAAGAACAGUACCAGCAACUGGAUAUUACAUCAACAAAACUAAAUAAUCAGUGUGAGUUGCUCAGCCAACUUAAAGGAAACCUGGAGGAGGAAAACAGACACCUGCUGGAUCAAAUCCAGACCUUAAUGCUGCAGAACAGAACAUUACUGGAGCAGAACAUGGAAAGCAAGGAUCUCUUCCACGUGGAGCAAAGGCAGUACAUUGACAAACUAAAUGAAUUGAGGAGGCAGAAGGAGAAACUGGAGGAGAAGAUAAUGGAUCAGUACAAAUUUUACGAGCCAUCUCCACCAAGAAGGAGGGGCAACUGGAUCACGCUGAAGAUGAGGAAGCUGAUCAAGUCCAAGAAGGACGGGAACCGCGAGCGCCUCAAGUCGGUGACGCUGACGCCCACGCGCUCCGAGUCCAGCGAGGGAUUCCUGCAGCUGCCCCACCAGGACAGCCAGGACAGCUCCUCCGUGGGCUCCAACUCCCUGGAGGAUGGGCAGACCCUGGGCACCAAAAAGAGUAGCAUGGGUGCACUGAAAAGACUGCCCUUUUUGAGGAACAGACCGAAGGAAAAAGACAAAAUGAAGGCCUUCUACCGUCGCUCCAUGUCCAUGAAUGACCUGGUGCAGUCCAUGGUCCUGGCAGGAGGACAAUGGACAGGUAGUUCUGAGCAUCUGGAGGGUCCUGAUGAUAUAUCCACGGGUAAAAGGAGGAAGGAAUUGGGAGCUAUGGCCUUCUCUACUACGGCUAUCAACUUUGCCACUGUCAACUCCUCCACAGGCUUCAGAUCCAAGCAGUUGCUAAAUAAUAAAGAUACUACAUCCUUUGAAGACGUAAGUCCACAAGGUAUUAGUGAUGAUUCUAGUACAGGAUCGAGAGUUCAUGCUUCCAGACCAGCCAGCCUUGAUAGUGGCAGGACAUCCACUAGCAAUAGCAAUAACAAUGCUUCACUCCAUGAAGUCAAAGCAGGUGCAGUGAACAGCCAGAGCAGGCCCCAGAGCCACAGCAGUGGGGAGUUCAGCCUGCUCCACGAGCACGAGGCCUGGUCCAGCAGCAGCAGCAGCCCCAUCCAGUACCUGAAGGGUCACACCAGGUCCAGCCCUGUGCUCCAGCACAGGACACCUGAGAGUUGUGGCAAACACACCAAAACGGGCUCCCCUGGCAGUGAAGUGGUCACCCUGCAGCAGUUCCUGGAAGAAAGCAACAAGAGCAACUCGAGUGAGAUGAAAUCUGCAAGUGAGGAGAACCUUUUAGACGAAGUGAUGAGAAGCUUGUCUGAGUCUGCGGAGCUGGCAGGGAGGGAGAAGCUGCGGAAGCAGCCAGGGGCUGGCUGUGGGAUCGUCAGAUCCCUGAGUGUCAGGAACACGGUGGAUUUCUCAGAUGGACGAUCCCUUAAACCAGAGCAGCUGGUAAGGCCCAGCCUCCGGAAGGCUGAAGAUCUCUGCUUCAGCAGCUCUCAAAUCAAAUUUACCCCCGGCGCCCCGGGGAAGGCGCGGUCCGUGAAAGAAAAGAUCCAAGCAACCGUGAGCCAGCGACAAUCCAGGGACUGCAACCCCUACGCCACCUUACCUCGUGCCAGCAGCGUGAUUUCCACGGCAGAAGGAACCACCCGAAGGACAAGCAUCCAUGAUUUUUUGUCUAAGGACAGUAGGCCGCCCGUGUGCGUGGAUGCAGCCCCGGCCGACAGGAGUGCUCCGCCCAGCUCCAGUGAGUACCCGGCACUGCGGGUGUCCUCUCCUUGCGUUCACUGUGUGCCUGCCGGGGGGGAGGCAGCUCCCUCGCAAACACCGCGCCAUGUAGGAGCUAACUGCGAGCUUCCCAAGCCUUCCAGGAUGGAAAGGCCAGGUUGUCGUGAGAGGACUGUGCCGAGCGCGCGCGUGUUCUGGGAUAAAGGCAGCGGCUCUGGGAAUGGCAGCGCGGGCUCCUUCGCUGCACCCCAGCCCUUCUUAUCCCUCAACACCGAGUUAGUCAGCAAUAUCAGUGGCUUGCCCCCGAGACCCGCCUCCAAAGCAGCUGAUCAGGCUAACGUGUCAGCCUUUAGGUCAGUGCUGAGGAGCCAGGAACAGCCUUGUGCUGCUCCAAAGGCUCCCGGGGACCCGCGGGCAGACCCUGUCCCUGCCUCCGGCUCCGGCGAGGCACAGUCCCCGCUGCUGGUCUCGGAAGAUAACCAGACCCUGUGGUAUGAGUAUGGCUGUGUAUGAAAGAAAGUUGUGCAAUUAAACACAUAUGCACCCAACGUGCCAUAGAGGUGUUCUCCAUGUCCACUGGAUGAGAGAGAAAAGUCCCCUCCAAUGAAGGAAUCAUUCCCGGUUUAUCCGCGGGGCGGUUGUUCCCUGCGGGCGGCGGCUGCGGACUGUGGCAUGUUUGAAUGUGGAACUGUAACCCCACCAAAGCCUGCAUGAAACAUUAAUUGCACUGUGUAUAUUUUGCAUGCCUUUAUAAUACAAGCUCUUAUUUUUAUUUGUCACGCAUUGCAAA